AUGGCCAAGAUGGGUCUAAGGCAGAGCGCAAACAGGGAUAUCCGGGCACCGGCGAGGCGGGCCGCUGCUAGCGCCGCGCCAGGGGGGAAAAUUGUCGAGUCCUGCGAGGUUUCGAGAUUAUUUGACGUCGCGGACACCGCAGACCUGAAGGUGAUCGACCGGAACUACGGGCGGCGGCCGAUGUCGGACGAGGACCAGCGGUACAUGGCCAAGCUCCUCACGAAGCACGGUCUCGAUCACGAGGCCAUGACUCGAGAUAUCAAGGUGAACUACAACCAGCUCACGCUCGGACAGUUACGGCGCAUGUGCGACACGCUCCUGUCCCUCGGCGAGGAGCAGCGAGUCGUAACCUUACCCGAACGAGUCGCGAACGAGGCCACCAAGGCGGCGUCCACAACGGCAGCGGGCGGUACCGCCGCCGGUACCGGCACCGGUCCCUGCCACAGCGGGAGGGUUUCAGCUUCAACACCGGUGGCGAUGGAAGUAGGGGAGGAGUCUGGUGAUGACGGAAAAGAGAAGGCGAAAGAUAACAAAACCAAGGGCAAGGCUGCGAAAAAGAAGAAGAGAAAACCCUAA